AUGAAGCGCAGUGAGGAUACAAUGAUGUGCUCGAGAGCGUGUCGUCAGCUCAACUAACUGAGAGCGCAACAGAUUAGACAGUUAAGAAGCGCAUAUUUAGAAAAAUACAAUAGCGAAUACCAUGAUGCGUUCUGUGUAUUUCUAUAUAUAUUCUUACAACGAUAUUACAAACUCAUAAUUUUGAAAAAUAUUCACUACUUUCCCUCAAAAGCUUAUAUGUAAUAAAAAUUUCAUUUCAUCUUGUAUAUUUAAUCGUAUACACCAAAUAUUACUACUUUUUAUAUGGUCACAGUCAAUGGAUUGGUAUUCCUGCUUUAUGUUUCCAGGUAAAAUCGACACACAUUUAGAUAAAAACCAUUCAAUGAUACCUUGGAAUGCAUUCGUAAGCUGCCUCGAAAUCCAGAGAAAUGGCAGUCUGGUGUAUCUCGAAUGUAGGAAUAUCAGCCGUGAAUCGGCAGAAGAUCAAUGCGACAAUGUAUUCACGAUCGUGGAAAUUUAUGGAGCGAAAAUGAUGAUUUUUGCCAAUAUAAUAUAUUUGUUUUUUUAUGCACCAAUGUUCUUACUGUAUAUUAUCAUACCAAAAAUGUGUCGGAGAGCUUACGACAAAGCGGUUUUGACAUUUAUCACCGUGCAAGUCCUAUUAAGUUUCAUAAUUAUCACUAUUGGCCACUACAUACUCUGCCACAAACAUCUCGGCAGAUUAGCCAUAUCUUUGCUAGGGAUAUCUCUGAUGACUCUCACGGUAGCAAGUUGUUGUUGGCUAUUAGUCAUUAGUUUCGAUGUAGCCUCCACAAUAACGAAAUUCCGUUGGGCUCCGGCUUCAGGUGUCAAAGGCCUUGAUGAGAAUCGCAAAUUUCGAAUUUAUUCCCUGUGGGUCUCUAUCGGCACAUUUGUACCAGCGAUCUUUUCAACAAUAUUACAGUUCUCGCCGAUCCCAGAUGAACACUUUAUCAAGCCCAAUUUUCACAACAUGUCAACGGUGAAUUACCGAGUCGUCAUACAUACCGCCAUCGUUCCAGUGCUGGUUGCCAUAGCUAGUAACGUUCUUUUUAUUGUUUCGACUAUAAAAAUGAUCAACAUACAAAAAUCCACGAGCGUGGCCAACGAGAAUCGAAAGGCUAGAGUGAAGAAGAAAUACAUUUUGUAUUUAAAAUUGUAUUUACUGAUGGUUGCCCCUUACCUUACAGGAGUACUGGGCUCGUCCUUUGAGAAUCUCUGGAUUUUGAAAUUUAUUCGAAUCGUACAGCCAAUGUUCUUAUGCCAUGCUGUAAUUCCAAGAAGCAUGCUUGUCAAUCUAUUUGCGUGCCGGCGAAAGAAGCAAGAAAUUACGAGUAAGCCGACUAAAGCCAGAGGCAUCGGCGCGUAAGUGUCGCCUGCGCAAUGUCAUAAGCGUGACACG